CAGAGCUCGACCGUUAGUGACGCUGAGGCCAGUGGAGGAAGUGUGUGUUCCGCUGCUGCUCUGCGGGUCGUUUCUCUGCUAAAUACACAGAAAUAAAAUUAAAAAAAUCUAAUUGACGGUGAUUUAGUAACGAUGGCUGAAGGCGACAACAAAAGUGCAAACAUGCUUGCUCAGGAAACGGCCCAGCUGGAGGAGCAGCUGCAGGGCUGGGGUGAGGUGAUUCUGGCUGGGGAUCGUGUCCUGCGCUGGGAGAAGCCCUGGUUCCCUGGAGCCCUGAUGGGCGCUACCACCGUGCUCUUCCUGCUGAUUUACUACCUGGACCCAUCAGUGCUGACUGGGCUCUCCUGCACCGUCAUGUUGCUCUGCCUGGCUGACUACCUGGUGCCCACCCUCGCACCCAGAGUCUUUGGCUCCAAUAAAUGGACCACCGAGCAGCAGCAGCGUUUCCAUGAGAUCUGCGGUAACCUGGUGAAGACCCAGCGUCGCAUGGUGGGCUGGUGGAAACGUCUCUGCGCCCUGAAGGAGGAGAAACCCAAAAUGUACUUUGCCUCAGUGAUCAGCAGCCUGCUCACAGUGGCCUGGAUCGGACAGCAGGUGCACAACCUGUUCCUCACCUACCUGAUAGUGAGCUUCCUGCUGCUGCUGCCCGGCCUGAACCAGCACGGCAUCAUCACCAAGUACGCCGGCAUGGCCAAGAGGGAGAUCAACAAACUGCUCAAACAGAAGGAGAAGAAGAACGAGUAGAGGAACGUGUGGACGAAGAGGGGAAUCCCUGAAAGAUGAACCACGACAUAUAAAAUGGAAGGUGGAAGGAAGUUGUUUUUAAGUGAAAGGUGAAAGAGUGAAGAGCCUCCUGCUUCCUCAGUCUCACACAGAGCAAGACACUGAUGAUGAUGGUUUUUUUUUUCACAUUGGAUAAGUUUCAUUUCUCCCUCACAACUCGACAUUUCAUCCACAUCACACACUUCAUUCUUCCCUUUUUGAAUUUACAAAUGCAUGCAGCCUCCACAUGAAGGUUCUGAUAUCAUCACAAGUCCUCACUCACACACACACACACACACACACACACACACAGCACGUGCACAGUCACAUACACAGAGCUCAGAUCGCCCCUCUGUUUCUUGGUUUGUGUGCUGCGUUUGAUGUCAGUAAUGCUUUGAAGCCAUUCCCUCUUAGACACAGUGACUACUGAGCAGUUUGUAGCAUUACUGCCUCAUUCUCAGCCUCUGAUUCCUUCUUGUCACAUGACAGCAGCUCAUCAAAGUAGAUUUUUUGCUUACUCUGCUUUGGUUGUGUUUAAACAUAGUGCUGAAAACAGAACUGGAUUAAAGGCAGAGCUCAUCAGGAGUGAAACUGUUUGUAGAUACAAGCCUACUGCUGAACCGCUGCUAGCUGGACUCUGUGGUCUAUUAGCUCUUAUAUAACCCUGCAGUGUGUAACUGUUGUGGGGUGUUUGUGUAAAUAGGCCUAUCCCUCACUCUGUUCCUGUUAGUCAUCCUUUUCUCUCUCUGUUAUUUAUGUGUUCUUUCCUCCUCCGUCUCCUCCUGGUCUCAUCACUGUCUUUCAACUCAUUUCAUUAUUUGUCUUUAUUGGAAAUCUUUAUGACAAUGAAUAAAGUUUGAUUUAAAUGAA